CUAUCAUAUCCAUCAAUAAACGGUCUUCCAUAGCUGCUCAUCUUCUCCAAACAGAGCCUCUGUCGAGAAGGACGAAAUGGCGUUUAACCUUUCUUCUCCUUCUCCCUCCGCAAUUACACCUCUAUCUGCCCAUUCAAACCCUCGACAUGCUCUACAAUCCAAUUUGAAGUCGGUGAGCUAUCGCGUGAGAUGUAGCUUAGAAUCAGAGAGCUCUUCAGCAGAUGUUCCAGACACCUCACCAGAACCUAUCACGACAAAGACUCAAAACCAUUUGACAUCACGAAGAAGAUGCCUAGCAUGUUUAACUUCAUCAAUAGCUUUAAUAAGCAAUUCAAGUAGUCCCCAGGAAAAGGCAAUCGCAUCUGAUAUGAAACCAGGGUGUCGGAACUGUGGGGGCAGUGGUGCUAUUAUAUGUGAAAUGUGUGGUGGAACUGGAAAAUGGAAAGCUUUGAAUAGAAAACGAGCUAAAGAUACAUAUGAGUUUACUGAAUGCCCUAAUUGCUAUGGUAGAGGGAAACUUGUAUGUCCUGUUUGUUUGGGUACUGGUUUACCUAACAACAAAGGUCUUCUUAGGAGGCCUGAUGCCAAACAAUUGCUUGAAAAGAUGUAUAAUGGGCGCCUACUUCCAAACUCUUAAGGUGUCAUUUGGAAUUGGGUUUUGGGGUGAUUCUUGAAUAUGGUAAAUAGAGGAGCAAAAACUGUUUGGUAUAUAGAAGCGGCUUGAGGGCAAAAACGUAAUUGUCUUUAAGUUCAAGCUGCUGUUGAGAGGUUGAAUACAGGUUUCAGCUUUGUUCAUCUAUAAAAUAAGAUGAAACGACUAUUUUAUUAUGUAUUAUGUAUCAUGAUAUGAUGAAAGGAAGAUAGAUUAGCAAUCUGCUGAAACCUUCUAUAGAAUUUAAAAUGUAGCUUAUUGGAUACAAAUUUUGCACUAACAAGAAUGAAAGUUUAUGGUUAUUA